UUUAACCAAUUUAGUGCGUUCCCAAAUUCAUCGAGAAAAAAUUAUUUUAACCUUCCGUGCACCUUUUAAUUCUCCCUCGCAAACGCGAGCACACCACUUUGCAGUUCUCAUACGUAUGGAUCCAUUUACGAACGUAAACCGGUGACCGUGCACGUUGAACAGUGAACUGGAACGCCACAAUUAUUGACGAUUAUUGACGGCACAAUAAUGCACACGUUCCUAACACGAGGAAAUGCUAUCUUGGCAUAUACGUUAAGCGUUUCGGCCUGCCUCACAUUUUGCUGUUUUCUCUCGACAGUUUUUAUUGAUUACAGAGCGAACGCUACGUUAAAUACGGUUAAAGUUGUCGUAAAGAAUGUACCAGAUUACAGUGCAUCGAGAGAAAAGAACGAUCUGGGUUACUUGACUUUUGAUUUACAAACUGAUCUUACUCCAUUGUUCAAUUGGAAUGUUAAGCAAUUAUUCUUAUACCUCACGGCAGAAUAUCAGACAGAAAAUAAUGAAUUUAAUCAGGUAGUAUUAUGGGAUAAAAUAGUUCUUCGUGGAGAUAAUGCUGUUCUAGAUUUCAAAAAUAUGAAUACAAAGUAUUACUUUUGGGAUGAUGGCAAAGGUCUCAGGGGAAAUAAGAAUGUAACGUUAACACUGUCCUGGAACAUUAUUCCAAACGCUGGAUUGUUACCUAGUGUUAAUGCUCUUGGUUCUCAUACUUUUGCAUUCCCGCCUGAAUACACAACAUUACGUGUAUAACGCAUAUUUAAAUGUAUAUGUGUUACGAUUGUAUAAUAUGAUUUUGUAAGACUUAUUUAAAUUGCAUAAAAUUCAUGUACAAUAAACAACGUUUAUUUCUUCACGGUCA